GCGAGUCAAGGCUGGGGGCAUAUCUACGGCCAAUGGUUAUAGCAAGGGUGCGGAGCCUCCCACAGGAGUUAUCACUUGGCAAAGAGGGGUCUAUGCUACAUCAGUCUAUCUGACCCGGGGUCAAGGGAACCAGUGUUCUUAUCGUACCAUUCCCACGGGAUCCCCGAAUUAUCCUUAUCGUCUUAUAUUUGCUGGGAAAGGCUAUAUAUCUAUCCAUGAUACCCAGUCUGCAGUAGUUCUGCUGUGGGACAAGCUUCAGAGUGCAUUGCUGAAUCGUCCAAGAUGAAGGUUGAUGAGCAAGUCGGUAUUGCGGAGACGAAAUCGUCGCCUCCUUUUUACGACGAGAAAGAUGGGGUGCACAGUUCUUCUGAUGCCGAAGUUGGUCAUGGAGAUGUCGAGAAAGUUGAGACAACCAAGCGUGGUCUCAAAGCUCGUCAUGCUCAAAUGAUUGCUUUGGGAGGGACAAUCGGAACUGGUCUCUUCGUUGGAAGUGGAGGCACUCUCGCUAGAGGUGGACCUUUGUUCAUCCUCCUCGCCUAUAUGCUUCUCAGUGUUUUGGUCCUCUUCGUUGUCACAGCCAUCACAGAAGUUGCUGCAUAUCUCCCCGUCUCAGGAGGGACAAUGAGCUAUUAUGGUCACCGGAAUGUCAGCAACUCUCUAGGCUUUGCUAUGGGAUGGUUAUACUUCUACUCACUCGGUAUACUGGUGCCAUACGAGAUCACCGCAGCUGGUCUAGUCAUUGAUUAUUGGGAUUCACCUGUCAAUAUCGCUGUCUGGAUUACCAUCUUCAUUGUUGUUAUUGUUGGACUCAAUAUCCUGCCGGUGCAGUUCUAUGGGGAAACCGAAUUUUGGUUUGCCUCUUUGAAAGUGUUCAUGAUGAUUGGACUUUUAAUCCUUUCGUUUAUCCUCUUCUGGGGUGGUGGUCCAAAACAGCAUGGCAUACUAGGAUUCCAUUACUGGAAGGAUCCCGGCGCGACAAAUGAGUGGCUCCGACCUGGCGCGACAGGCCGCUUCAUUGCUUUCGUCGAGGUCGUGGUUCUCUCUGCAUUCCCCUUCACCUUCGCACCAGAACUUCUUGUUGUUACUGGCGGCGAAAUGAAAAAUCCUAGAAGAAACCUUCCUAAGGCGGCGAAGAGAUACUUCUGGCGAUUGGUGUUCUUCUAUAUUGGCUCCGUACUCGCUAUUGGUGUCAUUUGCCCCUUCAACGAUGCUCGUCUAACCGAUGGUGGCGUUGGUGCAAAGUCGUCUGCUUUCGUUGUGGGAAUUGCAGAUGCAGGUAUCUCUGGCCUUGGUUCCGUUAUCAACGCCAUAAUUAUUACUUCUGCGUGGUCAUCUGGAAACUCUUUCCUGUACAUGUCCUCACGCUCCCUCUACUCCCUGGCUGUCGCCGGCAACGCUCCUAAAAUCUUCACGAAGUGCACGAAGAAAGGUGUCCCUUACAUGGCCGUCAUCGCCGCGGCUCUCUUCUCUCCAUUGGCGUACUUAAACUGCGCGAGCAGUGGAUCUGUUGUAUUCGGAUGGUUCGUCAACCUGACGAACACCUCUGGUUUCAUUUCCUGGAUCUGCUGCUGCAUUGUUUACAUUCGCUUCCGCAAAGCGUAUCAAGUUCAGUCUCUUCCGCUUGAGAACAUCACUUACCGCUCAAUGCUUCAACCAGUUGGAGCUUGGAUUGCGAUGGUCGCCUUCACAAUACUGACUUUGAUCAACGGCUUCGACGUCUUCUUUCCCGGACGAUUCAACGCAAGCAGCUUCUUGACUGCUUAUGUCGGUAUCCCAAUUUUCUUGGUGAUCUAUUUUGGACAUAGAUUCUGGCACUGGAGUGAGCCGUGGGUAUACAAGAGCGAGGAUGUCGAUCUUCACAGUGGAAUUGACGUAGUUUUGGCCAAUGAAGUACCAGAGGAACACGCGACAACAUGGAAGAAGAAGCUUCAAGGAUGGUUUACGUAGGAAACGUCGUUGUUGAAAGAUCUGUGUAUACAAGCAUUAGAUGAAUAGAUUUCUACUUUGCUGUACAGUAUUCUCGUCUUGUUUAUAUGCUGUGAAUCAGAACUUGAUGGACAACGGUGGUUGUCUUGACAUCACGUAUCUAUUUUCUGUUUAUAUAUGGGGGCGAUAGUGAGGGAUCAAGACUCCUUUGCCGGAAGAAAACAG